UUCCACUGUGUGUGUGAGACUAUUGGGGGGGUGGGGUGACGACGAAAGAGGGAGUUUUAGUGAGAGAGAGAAAAAGGGGUUCACCGGCGGUGACAGAAAAUGGAUGUGCCGUUGAAAAGUUAUGUUUUUUUCCGGUGAUAUUACCGUGCUGAUCUCACUUUCCGGCGAGAUUUCGAGAAUUUUCCGGUGUUGUCACCGUUUGUUAUAUACAUCUGCCGAAAACUUUCGGGUUUGGGUCUGACCCGAUUUCCCCCAAAAGGAUCUUUUUAGUGUUCUAAAUCUCAAUUUUGUCCUCAUCAAUCAUGAGUUGGUUAUAAAAUUGAUUUAAAUUUAGUGGAUUUCUCAUAUUAUUAGACCCUUUGAAGUGUUUGAUGUUUUCUGAAAUUUGUUGUUGAAAUUUAGCGGUUUUAAUUGGAGAUGGUGGUGAAGAUGAAUGAAUCUGAAGUGGGGUUUGAAUUUUGAAGCUUUUCUUGAAAAAAGGGGUUGUUUUUUGAUGAUUAAACUGCUUAAAGCUGUUUGAUUUUUUGCUCUUAUGAUAGAAAAAAAGUGAAUCUUUUGUCUUCCAUCUGAUAUAUUUUGUUUUAGUAAUGGAUUAAACAUUUGUUGAUUUUUUUUUCUGGGGUUUGGAUUUGAGUUCUUGAUUGUGUUUCAGAGCUUAAAGUCUGAAUCAUUUUUGCAAAGUUUGAUAAUUUCUAGAAUCCCUUUUGGAUGAAAUGGCAGUUUCUUUGACUCGUUUGUCAUGGUGGUGGUGGGGCGGGAAAGAGAAGGAACCAGUGUCUAAUGGGUCUUCAAUGAAUCCCUUGCAAGAUUUUGGGUUUGGAUUGAAAGAACAAAGUGAUAGUUUGAAGUUUAAGUCAGUGAGGGGGGCUAAUCUAGCUUCAACUACUAGGAAACUGAAGAGGAAAUGGAAGAGUAGAGAGGAGAGGAAGAGGGUUGAUAAGAAAUAUGAUGUAGUGUUGGUACCUUCAGAUGGUGUUUGUUUAUCAGGUUCCGAAUCCGAUGACUCUGACUGGUCGAUCGGGUGGCUGGAACCACAUGCCCCUGAUUUCCAGAAUGAUGAUGAGGGAGAUGACAGUUUUGCUGUGCUGGUUCCUUGCUACAGGCAUGAUUGUAGAGAGAUAGAAGAGCCAAACAAUCAGUUUUUAAGUGCCAUUGAGAAUCUUUCAAAUGAGUAUCCUGCUGAGGGUAAGAAGUAUAUGGAGCAAUGGCUCUCUUCUCUUCAGAAUUUUUGAAUAUACUGCAGCUGGUCGUUUUCUGAAGCAGGGUCUAUCUUUUAGUAUAUGUGGAGUUAUGCAAGUUCUGCAUCAAUAUUGAAUAUAGUAGUGGCAGCAGGACAGCAUUUUCAUUUGCGAGAGAUGAAUAAUCAAGUUUAUCGUGGCAGUGAUCUUUGGUUACAGGCUCAAAAACUCAAAACUGUUGUCAUCUUUAAACUUUGGAAUUGAUCUUCUGUUGGAGGGGUGGGGGUGGGGGAGAAUUUGACAUAUCAAGCUGAUUUUUUAGUUUAAAUAUAGCUAAUGUGAAUAUGGGAGUAGUAGUAUGCUUUUUGACUGCUGCUAUUGUAAAUAAAUCAUCUGUCUUCCAAUAUCCAGACAAGUGAAACAUCAUUGUUUAUAUCUUGAUUAUACAUAAAUGUUAAAUAUUAUGUUCC